GCGGUUCUAGCUGCCUGGCGGCGGGAGACGCGGUGCUUUCUGUGAGGGUGCUGUGAGGGACGUGUUUUCCCGCUGGUCUGGUCAUGGAGGCGCCGCCGAAGCUACUGGACGCGACGACUCCGGCUCCUCGCUGGGUCCGAAAACUGCUCCCGCUGCUCCUGGUCUUGCUGCUGCCCGGGAACGGAGCUCUGCAAGGCUUGGAGGCUGAAGAACGGUUCCGGAGCCGCGACAAUGAAUGCCACUUCUACGCUGGUGGACAGGUGUACCCCGGAGAGGUGUCCCGGGUGUCGGUCGCAGAUCACUCCCUGCACCUAAGCAAAGCCAAGAUUUCCAAGCCAGCGCCUUAUUGGGAAGGAACAGCUGUGAUAAAUGGAGAAUUUAAGGAACUCAAAUUGACUGACUAUCGUGGGAAAUACUUGGUUUUUUUCUUCUACCCACUUGAUUUCACAUUUGUGUGUCCAACUGAAAUCAUCGCUUUUGGUGAUAGAAUUGAAGAAUUCAGAUCUAUAAAUACUGAAGUGGUGGCAUGUUCUGUUGAUUCUCAGUUUACCCAUUUGGCCUGGAUUAAUACCCCUAGAAGACAGGGAGGACUGGGGCCAAUAAGAAUUCCACUUCUUUCAGACCUGAACCAUCAGAUCUCAAAGGACUACGGUGUAUACCUCGAGGACUCAGGCCACACGCUUAGAGGCCUCUUUAUUAUCGAUGACAAAGGAGUCCUAAGGCAGAUUACUCUGAAUGACCUUCCCGUGGGUAGAUCGGUGGAUGAGACACUGCGUUUGGUUCAAGCAUUCCAAUACACCGACAAGCAUGGAGAAGUCUGCCCUGCUGGCUGGAAACCUGGUAGUGAAACAAUCAAACCUGAAGGUACUAUGAAAGUCUGGUGGCCAAGAGAAGAGCUAUAAUCCCAGAUCCAGCUGGAAAACUGAAGUAUUUCGACAAACUGAACUGAAAAAUACUUUAGUGUUGAUGUUUGGACCUUUUCAAUAAAGGUCAUUGUGUUACUACCAUA